GCCUCCGUGCUAUUAGGUCAUAGUUCCAUACUUCUACAUCCAGAAUCUAAAGAGUGUUAUUCGGCCUCCGUGCUACCGGUCGGAAAUGGCGCUAGUGUUCUCCCCAAAGUCUAUAUUGUCAUGUUUCUAUCCCGCCAGGCUACACAACAACCACAACACUUUGUCCGCCAUUGUUGAAAGAAGGAACACCAUUAUCCAUGUUAGAGAACUCCCUCGGAGCUUGAAACUCGCAGUUAGAACUCACAGUUUCCCCCCAAUCGAUGAUGAAAACGGUUCGGAUUUCGAUUGGGGCGAAAUCGAGCUAGGAGAAGAGGAGGAGGAGGACGAGGAGUCGCCGUGGGAAGGCGCGGUGGUGUACGGAAGGAACCCCUCCGUCUCGCAUUUGGAGUACUGCACAACCCUAGAAAGGCUGGGUCUUGGGAAGCUCUCCACCGAGGUUUCCAGGUCCCGCGCUUCGCUGAUGGGAAUUAGGGUUACCAAAGAUGUCACGGAUUAUCCGGAAGGCACGCCGGUGCUCGUUUCCCUCGACACAACUAUUAAGCAGGGCAAAAUCAGGCUCGAUGGCAUCAUCCGGACCGUCAUUACUCUCGGUUGCAACAGGUGUGGCGAACCAGCUGCCGUAAGUGUUUUUUCCAACUUCUCUCUCUUGCUGAGUGAAGAACCGCCGGUUGAGGAACCGGAGACUCUAGACAUGGGCAUAAUUAUUGGAUCAAAGAAAUCCGGAUCUAUUGAAGAUAGAGAGGCCGACGAUUCUCUGAUCGAUAUUGAAGACCAACUUCACUUUCCUGCCGAAAAGAGAAGCAUUGACAUAUCGAAGCAUAUAAGAGACCGAGUGCACCUAGAAAUCACUCUGAAUGCCAUCUGUGAUCCCCAGUGCAAAGGCCUCUGCUUGAAAUGCGGCACUAAUCUCAACAUUCGCAGUUGCAAGUGCUGCGAUAAGCGAAACCCGGAGGGGAAAGGCUUUGGCGCACUCGGACAUUUGGCGAAAAAAAUGCAAAGGUAAUGAAUCCUCCUUUUUUUUUAAAAAAAAAAGGGAAACAUGUUCUUGGUGUAAAACAUUGCUGUUUUUGUCAUGCUGUACUGAUGGCAAAAAAGGUAAGGUGCCCUUUUCUUUCAUGACGAACAACAUGCUACUCCGGUACUGAUUUUACAAGGAUGGAAAAGAGUUAGUUGAGGGUGGUUAGAAGUUAGAAGUGGCACCCCAUGUGGUGAGAGUUAAAAAAAGGGAAGCAGUUAAUCCCCCAACAGAAAUGCAACCCAACUCAUUUAUGAGGCAUGGGCGGACGCGGGGAUAUGAUCUACUACUGCAGCAUCUUGGGAGGUAUCUUGGA